AUGGUUGAUGCCCUGUGGAAGGUGAUUGUUUCAUUGAUCCUGUUUCCGGUCAGCCCUGGGGAUGGACUGUUUCGCUCCUUAUACCGAAGUGCCCAUGUUUCCAAGCCAUUCCGGGGAAAUGCAGGACGGCCUCUAUUUCUUAGCCCUUAUAUCAAAGCUGGGAAGAUCAAGGAGGGGCAAAAGAAGAGCAUGGUCAGUCCUUUCCCUGGAACGAGCCUGAAGAGUUACUCCGGCUACAUCACGGUGAAUAAGACUUACAACAGCAACCUCUUCUUCUGGUUCUUUCCGGCUCAGGUAGAUCACAAGAGUGCCCCAGUAGUCCUCUGGCUUCAGGGUGGUCCUGGAGGUUCAUCCAUGUUCGGACUCUUUGAAGAACAUGGGCCUUAUGUUAUCACACGUAACAUGACUGUUCUUGCCAGAGACUUCCCUUGGACCACUACCUUUUCUAUGCUUUACAUCGACAAUCCGGUGGGCACAGGCUUUAGCUUCACCGACAGCCUCCGGGGAUACGCCAUCAACGAGGAAGAUGUCGCCAAAGACUUGUACCGUGCACUGGUUCAGUUUUUCCAGUUAUUCCCCGAGUAUGCGAAGAAUAACUUUUAUGUCACCGGGGAGAAACCCUACGUGUGUGGAUCAAUUGGGGACUGUCAUUGCAACACCUGUGCUUCUCAGUCUUACGCAGGGAAAUAUGUGCCAGCAAUAGCGCACUAUAUCCACACCCUCAACCCCUCGAAGGACUUCAAGAUCCAACUGGAAGGAAUCGCCAUUGGAGACGCAUACUCUGAUCCUGAAUCGAUUAUAGAAGGGUAUGCAACAUUCCUGUACCAAAUCGGCCUGCUGGACGAGGAGCAGCAAAAGUACUUCCAGAAGCAGUGCAGCAAGUGCAUACAGUACAUCAAAGAGCAGGAGUGGCUGAAGGCCUUUGAAAUCCUGGAUAAGCUGCUGGAUGGUGAUUUAACAAACGAUCUCUCCUACUUCCAGAAUGUGACAGGAUGCACCAAUUACUACAACUUCUUAGAGUGCACGGACCCUGAGGAACAAAGCUACUAUGGGAAAUUCUUGUCACUCCCACACGUGAGAGAAGCCAUCCAUGUGGGAAACCGGACUUUCAGUGACGGUGCUGAUGUCGAGAAGUACUUGCGAGAGGACGCACUGCAGUCGGUGAAGCCCUGGCUAGCUGAGAUCAUGGAUCACUACAAGGUUCUGCUCUACAAUGGCCAACUGGACAUCAUCGUGGCAGCCGCCUUGACAGAGCGCUCCUUGAUGGCCAUGAACUGGAAGGGAUCAAAGGAAUACAAAAAGGCACAAAGAAAGGUUUGGAAGAUCUUCAAAUCUGAUAACGAUGUGGCUGGUUAUGUGCGACAAGUGGAUAAAUUCUUCCAGGUAAUUGUCCGAGGUGGAGGACACAUCUUGCCCCAUGACCAGCCGCUGAGAUCUUUUGAUAUGAUCAAUCGAUUCAUCUUUGACAGAGGAUGGGAACCUUAUAAUUCAUAAACUACUUUCCUUAACUAGCUAUGAGUUUUAAUCACAAAAUAAUAAAAACUAAAGAUGUCAUAGAAAUAAGAAAUGUAUCCUUUUAUAUUUGCAAGCUAUUUCUUACCAAUAAAAGUCACCCUG